AGCUCUAAGCAUUUGAUGUUCCUUCUCUAUCUUCAGAACGCAGAAGCUGUAGAAGCCGCCAAUAACCCUAAUUUUUAUCCUUUAUCAUUUUACGGUCUAGCCCUAGACAGCCGCCCAUCUCAUACUCAGAAGCUCUUCAAAAACCAACGAUUAUUCCCCAUUUCUUUAGGCGUAGCCAGUGGAACGAAAGAACAAGAGGGGAGAAGGCAAAGCUUAAAAACACUGGGUAUGAAGCUUUUCAACGAAGAUGUUGAUCUCCAAAACGAUGAUAUAUCAAAGAUUGAAAUCAACAAAGAGUAUGCUCGAAGAUUCGAGCACAACAAGAAGCGGGAGGAUCUCCAGAGGUACGAGGAACUGAAGAAGAGAGGCCAUGUUGAAGAAUCUGAAGAAGAAUCUUCUGAUGAUGAUGACGACGACGACAAUGAGUUGUUCAGUGACCAAAUUACCCUCCGAAAGAAAGAUGAAGAUUUCUUCAAAGCUCUACUCAGGGUGAGAAGUCGUGACCCAAAAUUGAAGGAAGAAGAUGUGAAGCUUUUUGAGUCUGAUGAUGAGGAAAGAAGCAAAGAAGAUGAAGAAGAAAACAAGCAGAAAGAAAAGAAAGAUAAGAAGUCAAUGUAUUUAAAAGAUGUGGUUGCAAAGCACUUGAUUGAAGAAGGGCCUGAUUUUGAGGAACAGGAUGCUCUUGUUAAGGCAAAGAAGACUUACGAUGAAGAACAAGAAGAGAUAAAGAAGGCUCUUUUGGAUGCAACAGAAGAAUUUGAAAAUGAGGAUGAUGGGGGUUUCUUGAGAGUAAAGGACAAAAAGGGCAAGUAUGAUGAGGAAAAAGAAGACUCGAAUAAUGGAGAACUUUCAAAAAAGUUGGAGGAAUAUUUUGGGGAAGAUGCAGAAAUGGAUGAGAAUACGAAGUUCUUGAAAGAGUUUUUUAAGAACAAGAUGUGGAUAGAUAAGGAGAGGAAAGUUGGGGAUCUUGAGAUUGAUAUUGAGGUAGUGGAUGAGGUGUUGAGGGACGAAGAGGAGAUUGAGAGGCAAGAGGGGUACGAGUUGGAGUAUAACUUUAGGCAUGAGGAGAAUGUUGAGGAUAGAGUUCUAGGGUACUCUAGGAAGGUAGAGGGGUCAGUGAGGAAGAAGGAGAGCAAGAGGAAGUCACAAAGGGAAAGGAAGGAGGAGAGAAUGAAGGCUGCAGAAAUUGAAAGGAAAGAGGAGUUGAAGCAUCUGAAGAAUCUGAAGAAGGAAGAAAUUAAGGAGAGAAUGAAGAAGGUUCUGGAGAUUGCUGGCAUUAAGAAAGAUGAUUGUCCGUUUAGUGCAAAGGAUUUAGAGGAGGAAUUUGAUCCUGAGGAGUAUGAUAAGAUGAUGAAGGCUGUAUUUGAUGAGAAGUAUUACGAUGAUGAAGAUGUUGAGUUAAAUAGUGAUAGUGAUAACAUUGAGAAACCAGACUUUGAUAAGGAGGAUGAGUUGCUUGGACUUCCUAAAGGGUGGGAUGUGCUCGAGUCUAAUGAUGGUUUUUUGGCUGCAAGGGAAAGGAAUAAAAAAAAUUACAGAGUAAUGGGGGUCAUGAUUCAGGAGAAGAAGAAAAGGGAGAGGAGGUUGAAGACAGAAAUGGCGAUGAUGAUGAUGAUGAUGAUGAUGAUGAUGAGUGAAGAACACAAAAGUGAAGAUGAAGAAGAUGAUGGUGGUGAUGGUGAUGACGAGAGUAAAGAACACAAAAGUGAAGAUGAAGAAGAUGAUGAGGAAAGUAAGGAAGAGGAAACCGAGGAAGGUCAGCGGAAAAGAAAGCGUAAAAUGUCUUCUGUUCAGAAAGCUUUACAGGAUAUGUGGGAGGAAUUUUAUAAUUUGGACUAUGAGGAUACAAUUGGAGACUUGAAAACUAGAUUUAAAUAUGUCAAGAUCAAAUCUAAUAGAUACGGGUUGAAACCUAGCGAAAUAUUGGCUUUGGACGAGAAAGAGUUGAAUCAAUAUGUUUCUUUGAAGAAGCUUGCACCAUAUACGGAAAAGGAAUGGAAGGUACCCAAUAGUAAGAGGUACCAGCAGAAAUUGAGGAUUAAGGAGCUUCUUAGUGAGAAGCGAAAUGGUCACAAGUUUGGUAAGAAAAUGUCAAGAGAUGCUUCUGAGAAAUUGAACGAAGAUAAGGACACAAAAUUGAAGGAUCCAAAUGGUGAUAUGAAGAAUUUAUCUGAGCAGGGCAAGAAAAAGCAUCGUCAAGCAACCAACAUAUCAGAGUCAAGACGGAAAGCAUAUGGAUUGAUUUCUUCUAAACCGAAAAAGAACAAACACAAGCAUUGAUUAACCAACAAAAGUAGUUUGGUACGUGGCGAAUGCAGUAUACAAUGAAGAGGAAAUCUGUGGGCAUUUGAGGAAUGCAAAAACAGUCUCAAAGUGAAGGCUGGAGGUGCUUACACUUGAAGUAAUUUCAUUGUUAAAAACUUGUUUUUUUUCUUCCUAUUUUGAUAAAUGGAACUGACUGUAGUGCUUCAUGGAAGUGUUUUUAACCUACUUGAAAUACUUGGAUCUCUUGACUAAAUUGAAGCAGUUUUGAUGUUUAGA